AAAUCGCCUUUGUAUCAUUUUGUUAAUUGGGAAUUUGGAAAGCCCUGUUUUUUUCCCAGGUUGUGAGAAGUUUUGACAAAAGGUCCAGUUUUGGGGAUUUUUUGGAUUUGGGUGAGAAAGGAGGGGCCAAAAAGAGAAAAAAAUUGGUGAUGGAGGUCUGUCCAUGGUGGCUCUCUGUGAUUCAAAUUUCUCAGCCAACAACAACACACUGUUCGUACCACGGAUUUGGUAUUUUCUUUUGAGGUAUGAGAAAACCAGAAUUUGUGGAGUCACAUUGUGGGGUUGCUGUGAUUUGUGAGACCAACCAGUGGCCUUGUUGCUGAUAAUAAAACCAGACAAGGAGAUUCGGCUGGGGAAAUGGACUGCAAUAAAGACGAGGCCACCAGGGCGAAAGAGAUUGCGGAAAAGAAGCUCACGGCGAAGGACAUUAUGGGAGCGAAAAAGUUUGCGUUGAAGGCUCAAACUCUGUUUCCGGGGCUUGAUGGCAUUCCCCAAAUGUUGUCCACCCUUGAUGUAUAUAUUUCUGCUGAGAACAAAAUAAAUGGGGAAGCGGAUUGGUACGGGAUACUUGGUGUGGAUCAAAAAGCGGAUGAUGAGACAGUUAGGAGACAGUAUAGGAAGUUAGCUCUUAUGCUUCAUCCUGAUAAGAACAAGUCCAUGGGAGCUGAUGGUGCAUUUAAGCUUAUUUCGGAGGCCUGGAGUUUGUUGUCUGAUAAAGCGAAGAGGGUAGCUUAUGACCAGAAAAGGAAUGUGAAAACACAGCAGAAAGUUUCGAAACCAAGCAGGGGACCAUCGGCAAAACCAACACCAACACCAUCGGCAAAAUCAACACCGACACCAACACCAUCAGCAAAACCAACACCAUCGGCAAAACCAACACCAUCGGCAACACCAACACCAACACCAUCAGCAAAACCAACACCAACACCAACACCAUCAGCAAAACCAACACCAACACCAACACCAUCGGCAAAACCAACACCAACACCAUCGGCAAAACCAACACCAACACCAACACCAUCGGCAAAACCAACACCAACACCAUCGGCAAAACCAACACCAACACCAACACCGGGGAUGAACGGUCAUACUUCCACAAAAAGUACAAAAUCUAGCACAAAGCCUCCAAAAAGUACUACCCCUCGAGCAGGUCACUCCUCAACUCCUGCUCCGACUCAUAAGCCGAAACCCAAUACCUUUUGGACGGUGUGUUAUCGGUGCAAGAUGCAAUACGAGUAUCUCAGAGUUUAUCUCAAUCAUAAUCUCCUAUGCCUUAAUUGCCAUGAACCGUUUUUUGCUGUAGAAACAGCUCCACCUCCUUCAAAUGGUCCUAAGCCUGCAGCCCCGUGGAACGUCUCACAACAUCGACACAAUUCGAACAACCAAAAGACUAAUAGAAACUCAUUCCAUUCAGGAAGGGGCAGUACUGGCUCUUCAAAUGCAGGAACUGGAGGGGUCAGCAGUACUGAUACACAUAACCAAGACAACGUCCAGUGGGGUCCUUUCUCAAGAACAGGUUCUUCAAGUGCUGCUCAAGCUGCAACUGUGGUACAGCAGGCCUAUGAGAAAGUCAAGAGAGAACGUGAAGAGGCGCAGGCAGCAACAAAAAGAGAGGAGGCUGUGCGAAAGAAGAAUCAGUCCUCUAAGAAGACGAGCGGCAGUUCGUCUACAGGGCAAGCUAAUGCUGCAAAGAAAAGAAAAGGUAUAGAUGAUGUCAGUACAGGCAGCCAUCAGAUGAGUGGGAAAGCUGGAGGGCCUAACUCUUUCACGUCUCAGCAUGUUAAUGCCGAAACUGGUAGGGGCAGUAUCACAAGGGAUAUUUCCCAGCUUGAAUUUCAAAAGGCAUUAAUGGAGAAGGCUAAAAAGGAAAUUCGCAAGAAACUGAAUGAAUGGAGCUCAGCUGUUGUAACCAAACCUGCAACUAACGAGGAGGGGAAUUGGUAUGGGAAAGAAAAUGAGGGAGAAGAAAAGUCUUCGAGAAUCAAUGAUACUAGGGAUGAUCAAAGCAACUGUGGUGAGCCAAUGGAUGUAGAUCUUGGUGAUUGUCCCAGGAAACUUUCUGGCGUGUCUGGUUCCAACUUAGAGGCGGAAACUGUGGAAACAAUGUUGAUAAAUGUUCCAGAUCCAGACUUUCAUGAUUUCGACAAGGAUCGAACUGAAAGGUCUUUUGGAGAUAAUCAGGUGUGGGCUGCAUACGAUGACGAUGAUGGGAUGCCUCGAUAUUAUGCCUUGAUUCAUAGUGUCAUUUCUUCAAGUCCGUUCAAAAUGCGGAUCAGUUGGCUCAACUCAAAAACUAACAGUGAAUUGGGUCCGCUGAACUGGGUAGCUUCCGGUUUCGCAAAAACAUGUGGAGAUUUUCGUGUAGGCAGAUACAAAAUCAAUAGCUCGCUCAAUUCCUUUUCUCACAAGGUUAGGUGGUCAAAAGGGUUGCGAGGGGCUAUUUGUAUAUAUCCGAGGAAGGGGGAAGUUUGGGCUCUUUAUAGAAAUUGGUCGCCUGAAUGGAAUGAGUUAACUGCGGACGAAGUAAUACACAAGUACGACAUGGUGGAGGUGCUUGAAGACUAUACUGAGGAACUAGGGGUAACCGUUACCCCCCUUGUCAAAGUUGCUGGUUUCAAGACAGUUUUUCACCGACAUUUGGAUCCUAGAGAGGUCAAAAGGAUUCAGAGAGAAGAAAUGUUUCGGUUCUCACAUCACGUCCCUUCUUACCUGCUCACAGGUCAAGAAGCUCCGAAUACUCCAAAGGGUUGCCAUGAGCUGGAUCCAGCAGCCACUCCUGUGGAACUUCUUCAAGUAAUAGCAGAUGUUAAAGAAGAAGAGAUUAUGGAGAUUGAUGAAAAGGUUAAGGAAGAUAAUGUUGAAAAAUCUAUUGACCAAGAGUUGGCAGAGAAUUCCAAUGCAGUUAGCAAAGAAGAGAAGCAAUGCGCCGAGGAUUUGAAGGUAGUAAUAAUCGCAGAAAACACCGAGGAAUCGAAUAAAGACACGCUCGUUGAAAAUAACCAAGUUGGUUGAGUUUCUAGAUCAUGUGAACUACUUUGAUACAACUGUUGACCUGGUCUGAAAUUUAUCCAAAAGUGACUCGAAUCAUUUUUCAGCAUCCAAAGCCUCCAUGUUUUUGGGACUCUGCAGUUAUAAGUUCAAAUAAGUAAUGUGGAAAAGAUCUACUAAUAAUCCUAACCAUAUGUUAUCUGCAACUUGAAGAUAGCACAGUUCUGGAGGUUAAAAAGGUCUUUCUUUGUUCCAAGGAUGUGUAAGGUCAAGGCUUUUCAUUCAUACAAUCUUGCCACCACCGGUUUUUUCUCAUAUAAAUAUAGUGCUUUGCUCAA